CAUUAAGGUGGGUUUUACCGUAACGUCUUCAUAAAAGAGGAUGAGGUCAUGCAUGGCGCUAACUUUUGAAGUAUUUUGUUCCCAUAGGCACGUUAUCUUAAAUGAGUUGUCUUUCCUCAUAAAACAUUUAGCUCACGCCUCCGAUCGCUUACAAACAACAUACCGAGAUCAAAACCUUUGCCAUUGGGACAACAGCUCACAAAGCGUCCACCCAGAACCGUAAAGGAUCCUCCCGCACGAUUCCACCUGCAGACGAGCCCGCCGACACCCCUCCACCAGCCUGCUGCCCUCAAAGGAGCGGGGCGCACAAAGCCAAUGGGCCCACUCAGCUGUGCUGGCGGGACAUUAAUAAGUAAUGGCGUACUUGGCCGGCCCCGAGUGAACAAACACAACUUGACUUUAUUGAUUCACGCUCUCUGAACAAGCCGGGUCUUGCGCGGCAAUGUAAACAGUGGGAAUGGCCGGGAGCGGCUAAAGCAGAGAAGAGCGGCCAGGUGGACCAGACGGGCGGUUACACGGAGGGGGUCCCACGAUGUUUAUUACGGUGCUGUACGGGGAUAAUGAACAGGCCCUCUUUAAUAUCCACUGCAAGGCCAUCAGCCUGCUGGAGUGCAUUAGGAGCAGCUGUCAUUGUCAAAAUGAAGUUGAGAUUGACCUAGCUGACGAGACGGGGCAGGUGAAGAACCUCCUGCAGAAUGGGCACCGGUACGCCUCUGAAAUCCUCACUGAGCGCCAGGAGUUUGUGCUUGUCAGCGUAAGCAGGCCCCCUGGCUCUCCUCAGCCCGUCUACACCUCGCUGCUCAAUGAUGAGAGUGUCAUCAGCGCCAAGUUCCUUGCCAAACUGGGAAGUAAGGAUGGGGACAAGACGAGCGCACACAAAGCCAAAGAAAAGAAAGCGAACAGGAGGUCUCCAGCGUUGCCCUCGGCCUCAGCCUCAUUCCUGGAAGUUCAGCACGUCCCUCCACAGAGAAGUAAGACUUCCAUGGCAGCCUCUGCCAGGACAAAACAAAGAAAAGACUGAGAGGAGACGUCUGAAACCGAGAAGAAGGCUCAUUAACAAGCAGGGCAGAAACAAACAUCUGAACUGAAUGGUCACAGCACCUUCAUGUCUUCAAGUAUCUGUCAGAGUGACCAGUGGGGCUU